UUUCCUCCUUUACCCCGGAGAAGCGGCCAGAAAGCUCUGCUCGGGUCGUCCGUCCCCGGCCAGAACCGUGCGUGUAGAAAGCCGAGAUUGCCGGGAGCUGUAGUUCCAUCGGACCGGAAAGGGACUAGUUCUCCGGAAGCUGCAGUUUACCGAGACCGAAAAAGGAACGGACCGCCGGAAGCCGUCGGUGGUGGAGGCCGGGGUCCUAGAGUGCUGUGCUCUCAGAAGCGGAGCGAGGUUCGCACGACAUGGCGGGACUGGAGCUCCUGUCCGACCAGGGUUACCGGAUAGACGGUCGGCGCGCCGGCGAGCUGCGCAAGAUCCAAGCGCGUAUGGGCGUGUUUGCGCAGGCCGACGGCUCGGCGUACAUCGAGCAGGGCAACACCAAGGCGUUGGCGGUGGUCUACGGGCCUCACGAGAUCCGCGGCUCCAGGUCUCGGGCCUUGCCUGACCGGGCCCUAGUGAACUGUCAGUAUAGUUCUGCAACCUUCAGCACCGGUGAGCGCAAGCGACGGCCUCAUGGGGACCGCAAGUCUUGUGAGAUGGGGCUGCAACUACGCCAGACCUUUGAGGCAGCCAUCCUCACACAGCUGCACCCACGUUCUCAGAUCGACAUCUACGUGCAGGUGCUGCAGGCAGACGGUGGAACCUAUGCAGCCUGUGUGAACGCAGCCACGUUGGCCGUGAUGGAUGCGGGGAUACCCAUGCGGGACUUUGUGUGCGCGUGCUCGGCUGGCUUUGUGGACGGCACAGCCCUGGCGGACCUCAGCCACGUGGAGGAAGCAGCUGGGGGGCCCCAGCUGGCCCUGGCCCUGUUGCCGGCCUCAGGCCAGAUCGCACUGCUUGAGAUGGAUUCCAGGCUGCAUGAAGACCACCUGGAGCAGGUUCUGGAGGCUGCUGCCCAGGCAGCCCGAGAUGUACACACUCUGCUGGAUCGUGUGGUCCGGCAGCAUGUGCAGGAGGCCACUGUCUUGCUGGGGGACUGAGUGCCAACCGCCCUUACCCAGAAUAAAGGCCUGUUCCCCUGCUGUGCACACCUUAUUAUACAGCCCUGCAGAGCAGCUCAGAGCCCUGCAGAGCAGAGCAUGGAGCAUUGUCCCUCGUGCAGACAGCACCUGUGCUAGGAAGAGCAGCAGUGCCUCGGCUCUCACACUAAGGAAUAUGCCACGUUCUCGAAGCCCGCCUGGGACCUGAGCACAAGGCUGAGGGAGAACUCAACUGGCUAUGGUUACCUAUCAUAGAGAUGUCAGACCAGACCAGACUAAUGCGGCAACUCUCAACAUGAGAGUCACAACCCUGCAUUCCAGACAUUUACAUUAAAAUUCAUAAUAGCAAAGCUA